UAAGGGGGUGGGGCACCAAACUCAUUUCCCACAUCACUCCCUAGAAGCUCACGCACAACAAGAACGAGCUUCAAAGAUCAACACAACCACCACCGUCAUCAAUCAUCAUCAUCACCGGAACUGAGGAAGAAAGAAGAACACGCUAUUGGAUUUCUCAGAAUCAAUGCCUUGCUCUUCCUUCAGUACUGGCGGCGAUAACGGCGGCGAUAACAGCGGCAAGAAAAGCGAUGGUUCUUCUCUCCGUAAUUUCAAGCUGAACGAGUCAACCUUCUUGGCUUCACUCAUGCCGAAGAAAGAAAUCGCCGCAGAUCGAUUCAUCGACGCUCACCCUACCUACGAUGGCCGCGGUGCUCUCAUCGCUAUCUUCGAUUCUGGUGUAGACCCGGCUGCGGAUGGAUUACAGAUUACCUCGGACGGGAAACCGAAAAUUCUUGAUGUCAUUGAUUGCACCGGGAGCGGAGAUGUUGAUACCUCAAAGGUGGUGAAGGCUGAUGCUGAUGGUUGUAUUAGUGGGGCAUCUGGGGCAUCUCUGGUUAUCAAUACUUCGUGGAAAAAUCCUUCUGGUGAAUGGCAUGUGGGCUAUAAAUUGGUUUAUGAGCUCUUUACAGAAACAUUGACUUCUCGUUUGAAGAAAGAAAGAAAGAAAAAGUGGGAUGAGAAAAACCAGGAGGAUAUUGCAAGGGCUGUUAAACAGCUUAAUGAUUUUGAUAAGCAACACAUCAAGGUGGAUGAUGCGAAACUUAAAAGGGUUCGUGAAGAUCUCCAGAAUAGGCUUGAUCUUCUGAGAAGGCUUUCUGAGAGCUAUGAUGAUAAAGGGCCAGCUAUAGAUGCUGUUGUCUGGCAUGACGGAGAGGUCUGGAGAGUUGCUCUUGACACACAAAGUCUUGAGGAUGAUCCUGAUUGUGGGAAGCUUGCCAAUUUUGUGCCUUUAACUAAUUAUAGGAUUGAGAGGAAGCAUGGCGUCUUCAGCAAAUUAGAUGCUUGUACAUUUGUUGUUAAUGUGUAUAAUGAUGGAAAUGUCUUAAGUGUUGUAACAGACUGUUCUCCCCAUGCCACCCAUGUUGCCGGUAUAGCUAGUGCUUUCCACCCGAAGGAGCCCUCACUGAAUGGAGUUGCACCUGGCGCACAAUUAAUAUCUUGCAAAAUUGGCGAUUCUCGCUUAGGUUCAAUGGAAACUGGAACUGGUUUGACUCGGGCACUGAUAGCUGCUGUGGAGCAUAAAUGCGAUCUUAUCAACAUGAGUUAUGGUGAAGCAACAUUACUGCCAGACUAUGGACGCUUCAUUGACCUAGUGAAUGAAGCGGUGAACAAGCACCGUCUGAUAUUUGUGAGCAGUGCUGGUAAUAGUGGGCCAGGAUUGAGCACUGUCGGUGCACCCGGCGGUACAGCUUCGAGUAUUAUAGGAGUUGGUGCAUAUGUUUCUCCUGCUAUGGCUGCUGGUGCUCAUUGUGUUGUUGAACCUCCAUCUGAGGGGCUUGAAUACACAUGGUCGAGCCGAGGACCAACAGCUGAUGGAGACCUUGGUGUUUGUAUAAGUGCUCCUGGUGGUGCUGUUGCUCCUGUUCCUACAUGGACUCUUCAACGACGUAUGCUGAUGAAUGGGACAUCUAUGGCAUCACCUUCAGCCUGUGGAGGAAUAGCAUUGCUCAUAAGUGCAAUGAAGGCUGAAGGAAUUGCUGUGAGUCCAUAUAGUGUGAGGAAGGCUCUUGAGAAUACGUCAGUUCCCAUAGGUGAUUUACCUGAGGAUAAGCUAUCCACUGGACAAGGGCUUAUGCAAGUUGACAAGGCUUUCGAAUAUAUACAGAAGUGUCAAAAUAUUCCAUGUGUUUGGUAUCAAAUAAACAUCAAUCAAUCGGGAAAAACAAAUCCUUCAUCAAGGGGCAUCUACCUUAGAGAGCCUAGUGCUUGUCGACAAUCGACUGAGUGGACAGUGCAAGUUAGUCCCAAAUUUCAUGAAGAUGCCAGCAACUUUGAGGAAUUGAUUCCAUUUGAGGAGUGCAUUGAGUUACAAUCUACUGGAGAGACCAUUGUGAAGGUCCCUGACUAUCUAUUGCUUACUCAUAAUGGUCGCACCUUCAAUGUAGUUGUAGAUCCUUCCAAUCUAUGUGAUGGUCUUCAUUAUUAUGAGGUCUAUGGUAUUGACUGCAAAGCUCCAUGGCGUGGUCCUCUUUUCAGAAUUCCAAUUACCAUAACAAAGGCCAAGGCUGUAACUAACCAGCCUCCACAAGUUUCAUUUUCAAAUAUGUUAUUUCAACCAGGCCAUAUAGAAAGGAGAUACAUAGAAGUGCCACAUGGUGCGUCUUGGGCUGAAGCAACAAUGAAAACAUCAGGAUUUGACACAGCUCGAAGAUUUUAUUUGGACGCUGUUCAGAUGUGCCCAUUGCAAAGACCUUUGAAAUGGGAGAGUGUUGCAACGUUUCCUUCCCCUGCUUCCAAAAGCUUUGCCUUUAGGGUAGUAAGUGGUCAGACAUUGGAAUUAGUCAUUGCUCAGUUUUGGUCAAGCGGCAUAGGAAGUCAUGAUACUGCCAGUGUGGAUUUUGAGGUUGCGUUUCAUGGGAUAAAAGUCAACCAAGAAGUCAUACUUGAUGGUAGUGAGGCGCCAGUCAGACUUGAUGCUGAAACACUACUGGGGUCUGAGGAACUUGUGCCUGUGGCUAUUCUAAACAAGAUUAAGGUCCCAUAUCGACCAAUAGAUUCUAAGAUUAGUGCACUUUCAACAGAUCGUGACAAGCUGCCCUCUGGAAAGCAGAUACUAGCACUGACUUUGACGUACAAGAUUAAAUUGGAAGAUGGAGCAAAAGUGAAACCUCAAAUACCAUUACUAAAUAACCGGAUAUAUGACACUAAAUUUGAGUCUCAGUUCUUUAUGAUUUCUGACUCAAAUAAGCGCGUAUAUUCAUGUGGAGAUGUCUAUCCAAGCUCUUCUAAUCUUCCCAAAGGAGAAUAUAAUUUACAGCUAUACUUGAGGCAUGACAAUGUGCAGAUUUUGGAAAAGAUGAGGCAUUUGGUGUUAUUCAUUGAGCGGAAUUUGGAAGAGAAGGAUGUUAUUCGGUUAAGCUUUUUCUCUCAACCUGAUGGCCCACUGAUGGGAAAUGGUUCCUUCAAGUCCUCAAUGUUAUUUCCAGGAAUUAAAGAAGGACUAUAUCUUGGUCCACCACCAAAAGAAAAGCUUCCCAAGAAUUCUCCACUAGGAUCUGUUUUGGUAGGGGCAAUUUCAUAUGGGAAACUAUCACUUGCUGAUCAAGGGGAGAGUAAAAAUCCAGAAAAGCACCCUGCAGCGUGUUCGAUUACUUAUAUAGUUCCCCCAAAUAAGGUCGAUGAGGACAAGGGAAAAGGUUCUUCCUUAUCUUCCAAGAAGGCUGUGUCUGACCGUAUAAAAGAAGAGGUAAGGGAUGCAAAAAUAAAAGUUCUGGGAAGCCUAAAACAAGAAACUGAUGAAGAGCGUGUGGAGUGGAAAGAGCUAUCUGCCUUGCUUAAAUCAGAAUAUCCAAAGCACACUCCAUUGCUUGCAAAGAUUUUGGAAGGUUUAGUUUCUAGGAGUAAUAUCAAAGACAAAAUUCAACACGAUGAAGAGGUGAUCGAUGCAGCCAAUGAUGUGAUUGACAGUAUUGACUGCGAAGAGUUAGCCAAAUUCUUUGCACUAAAAAAUGAUCCAGAAGAUGAGGAAGCAGAGAAUAUCAAGAAAAAGUUUGAGUCAGCUCGAGACCAGUUAGCAGAGGCACUUUACCAGAAGGGGCUUGCGCUGGCAGAGAUCGAGUCUUUAAAGUUGGCAGACUUGACUUGGUGUAUAUUGUCAAAGGACGUAGAUAAGUUCUUGGCUUUGGAGGCGGGGACAGGAGGUGCAAGAAAAGAUGUGGACAAUGAGCAAUCUACAGAUGAUGGCAGCCAUCCAGAUUCGUUCGAAGAGAAUUUUCAAGAACUGAGGAAAUGGGUUGAUGUAAAGUCACCUAAAUAUGGAAUCCUCUUAGUAACACGCGAGAGGCGUUCUCAAAGGCUUGGGACAGCGUUAAAGGUACUGUGUGACAUAAUUCAAGAUGAUGCAGAGCCUGCCAAGAAGAAAUUCUAUGAACUAAAGCUCUCUUUGCUUGAUGAGAUUGGAUGGACACAUUUAGCAACUUAUGAGAGACAAUGGAUGCUUGUGCGUUUCCCUCCAAGCUUGCCCCUUUUCUAGGGCCCACUGUUAGGAAGUAUGUGGGUAGCACUGCUAUGACUCGGUGCCAUUUCCUUUUUCCUCAACAUUCUGUUACUGUGAGGACAUUUGUAACAUUAGAUCAUGAAGUAUGAUUAUGAUCCAUCUUGUCUAUUUGAGCACAUGGGAAUUUUGCCAUUCAGGUGUAUUGCUAAUACUUCAGUGUGGCUGCCAGCCUGCCACAUCAAGGGGUCACAAAUUCCCCUUUAGAUUAAUGUGGUAAUUACAGAAUAAAGUUUUCACUUGUCUCUUC